AUGUCGAACCAGACCCCCGAAUCCUGGGAGGAUGAGCUCUCCCGACAGACCGAGGGCGUCAACCUGAAUGCCCAGCGCGCUCAGGCGCAAGCACCUACCUUCACGCCUGGAGCUGCGUCGUUCCAACCCGGAGCUGCCUCUUUCACCCCAGGUGCCAACUCUUUCGUCCCCGGACAGCAGUUCCAACAGUACGGUGCUGGCUACGGUGGUUACCCCCAGUACGGUCAACAACAGCAGGCCUACGGCGGCUACCAGCAACCCCAGCAACAGGCUUACGGUCAGUAUGCCGCAUAUGGUCAACAGCCUGGUGCUGGCGCUGGUGCUGGUGCUGGCUAUAACCAAUACUAUAACCAGCAGCCCGGUGGCUUUCAACAGCAACCUCGCCAAACCCCCGUCGCUGCCCAGCAACCCGCAGCCCAGUCCGUCCCUCAGCCCGCCGUGAACCCCUCCGACGCCCCGCCCAAGGCUAAGGUCCUUUCGAUUGGGGCUACUUCCUCCUCCGCCGCCCCCAAGACCAAGGUCCUCUCGCUUGGAAUUCCCACCCCUCCCAAGACCGACGCCACCUCCAAGGGUGACUCGAAGGGCGCUGCCGCUGCUGAAGCCGGUGCUAAGGUCACCGCUGCCAAGGCUGUUGAGAAGACCGACAAGAAGGCGGAUCCCAAGGCUGCCGCUAGCGGCAAGUCCUCUCCUACUCCCGGCACUGGCCGUUCUAGCCCUGGCCGCUCCAGCCCUGCCCGUGGCGUUGAUGCGGCGAAGGCGGCCCGUGACGCCAAUGCCGUUGCUAAGCAGCAGGCGGCCGACGUUGAUGAGGCCACACUGAAGGAAAUCUAUGGUGAGAAGCGCGAACACGUCAACGUUGUUUUCAUUGGUCACGUUGAUGCUGGCAAGUCCACUCUCGGUGGUUCUCUGCUGUACUGUACUGGCAUGGUGGACGAGCGAACUAUGGACAAGUACAAGAGAGAGGCCAAGGAGGCUGGCCGUGAAACUUGGUAUCUGUCAUGGGCUCUGGAUCUGACCCAAGAGGAGCGUUCCAAGGGUAAGACUGUCGAGGUCGGUCGUGCGUUCUUCCAAGUCCAGAUUCCUCACGAGGAUGGCGACAUUACCCGCGAAUUCUCUAUCCUGGAUGCCCCUGGUCACAAGUCUUACGUCCCGCACAUGAUCGGCGGUGCUUCUCAAGCCGAUUUGGGAUGUCUUGUCAUCUCUGCCCGUAAGGGUGAGUAUGAGACUGGUUUCGAAAAGGGCGGUCAAACCCGUGAGCACGCCCUGCUUGCUCGCAACACAGGUGUGAGCAAGCUUGUUCUGGUUGUCAACAAGAUGGAUGACCCAACUGUCGAGUGGUCUGAGGCCCGUUUCAAGGAGUGUACCGUCAAGGUGAUCAAGUUCUUGGAAGCUCUCGGCUAUAAGAAGGCCGACAUCUUCUGCAUGCCUAUCUCUGCUCAGCGUACUAUCGGUAUCAAGGAUCGUGUCUCGAAGGAGAUUUGCCCGUGGUACGAUGGACCAUCCCUGUUGGAGUUUUUGACCGACUUCAAGCUUCCGGAGCGCAAGAUCAACGCUCCUUUCAUGAUGCCCAUCAGUGCCAAGUACCGUGACAUGGGAACCAUGUGCGAGGGCCGUAUUGAGUCCGGUGUUAUCAAGAAGAACGGCACUUACCUGAUGAUGCCUAACCGAACUGAGGUCCAGAUUGCCGCUCUUUACGGCGAAACCGAAGAUGAGGUUGCCAACGCCACCUGCGGUGACCAGGUUCGCAUGCGUCUGCGUGGUGUGGAAGAGGAAGAUUUCUACCCUGGAUUUGUGCUGUGCUCCCCGAAGCGCCCAGUCCACUGUGUGUCUGCUUUCGAGGCCAAGAUCCGUAUCUUGGACCUGAAGAACAUUCUUACUGCCGGUUUCAACUGUGUUCUCCACGUUCACUCCGCUGUUGAGGAGAUCACCGGCCAAACUAUCAUUGCCCGCAUUGAGGUUACUAGUACUGCUGGUGCGGUUUGCGUUGAGAAGUUCGCCGACUAUGAGCAGCUCGGUCGCUUCACUCUCCGUGACCAGGGUCAAACCAUUGCCAUUGGUAUGAUUACCAAGCUCAUCUUGCCAGAUGGCGAGACCGUCUAA